UGUGGCCAUGGAGGAAAUGAGCGGCUUCCCGAAGGAGCUGGUGAGCAGAGUACUGCACCUGCACUUCAGGGAUUGCAAGACAAAAGUCAGUGGGGACGUGCUGCAGCUCAUGGCGGAGUUCUUGAAGAUCUUCGUGGUAGAAGCCGCUGUCCGUGGGGUGCAGCAGGCCCAGGCAGAGGACCUAGACAUCGUGGAUGUGGAUCAGCUGGAGAAGGUGCUCCCUCAGCUGCUCCUGGACUUCUAGAGGUUGGCCUGUGGCCUGCAGAGUCUAGGACGAAGUCCCGUCAGCA